AGGUGCAGGAAACAUUCCACUGACUUGAGCCCGAUGUUCGGACCCACAUUCGGAAUUGCUUCAACAACCCUUACCCAGAUGCAGUCACCGAGCAGCGGUUUGGGAUGGGAUCUAAAUAUUCGACAGGGGUGGACAACCAGCGAAUAGAAACACCACGGAAUGAGGCUCCAGCCCUCGUAUAAACGUAUCCAUCAACGCCAUCGCCGACGGGAGGGCAUCGUCCCGGAUACCAAGACCGGACGUCGGAGCGGCUUCAUGCACAGAAACGGAGGUUCCCGCUGACAGCCAGCCCGAAAAGCUUCGGGAGCUCCACAGAACAGAAGGCCAAGACCCCCCCCCAAACCCCACGCCAAGGCCAACAAAUGCACUUCUGAUGGCCCCCCCCCUUCCACAACUGGGUUUGAAAAGUUCUCCAUGUCACUGAUGUCAAAUAUCGAUUCUCGCGACAGAGGGGGAUUAUCAUCGCCGACCACUGCCCCCGUUAGCUGUCACUUACCAGGGUUCACUGUACGACAUCAAUCCCAGUACGCAGGUUUCUCUCUCCGUCGCGUUCGGGUCACCGUCGGGCAGCUGUGGGCCACUUAGCCAAUGAUCAUCCCUGGGAUUCGAACAGCAGCUGGCCCUGAAGAUCCCUCUGACGGUGGAAUGACACCAGUGCCAAAACUGCAGUUGAUCAGCAGCCAAAAGGAAAAAUUCCGAUGCUCGAGUCUGCCUCGAUUUUUACAACGGCCUGGUCAUCGCAGCCAUUUCGUCUGAAUUUUCCUGAACCAUAAUAGCUCUGCGAUGUACGAUGCUUGGCUAUGGCUUCAAGUCGAGAUCAGGAAUUUCAGCUGAGCAUCGAAAGACGCAGAGACGAGGCGGAUAGAGAGAGCAGAGACACGUCGUGCGAGUCCGUAAGGUGGAACGAUUGUCGGUGGUCGCGAAGAGCAGAGGUGGGGAGCUCUUCACACUCUUCUCUACUCUCUUGUGGUCGUUGCACAGAGCUUCAGACGUUGCCAAGACUUUGCGUAACCACCACCACAAGCUACGCACGUACUGUCUCGGCAGGCACUGGCUCGCCAUGCCGGCUUUGUCGAGCGGUGGUUUGUUUGUUGUGUGGGCAAAAGGGCCAGGGCAGACUUCGGUCCCGGAGCUUUUACACAAUCACGAUCCAUCCCGCUGCUUGGAACCCGAACUUUGAAGAUAUCACCAGUGUUCUCAAAGGGACGGGGGACGGGAGGGGCCAGCGGGACCAGUUGUCGUUGAUAUUAGCCGGCGCCAACUCUCCCCUCUCCCGCUGAACCCUGGAACUGACAGGCUUAACAGCUCUGUUAUUGCUGCGAUCAGCCCGUCUCUCUCUCGCUGUCCCUUGCUCAAGAGAGCAGGAAGGUGGCAAUCAACAAAAACUCUCAAAAACUAAAAACAUUUUGGUGAUGAAUGUUUCGUUCCGGCUCUCCCAAGGGACCAGAGAGCAUUGUGUCCCGGUUCGUCCAGAAUUGGAGACACGUACGACCUGUCAUCCUCCUGCUUUCCUCCUCAAUUGGGACGAAAGCCAACCUUCUGUUGCACUCGUCACCUCUCGUACAUAUCUCACCCCACCAGAUAUUUUCUAGGCCAAGCACUGGAAUAGUCUGUACUAGCUAGUACAUCCACGCCAGUCGUACGCAUUGGGCAUGCUCGAUGAUCAUGCCCCCGUUGGGAUAUCUGGGGGCAUGGGGCUCCGAUGUGGACAUCCAGUCAGGCUGGCUUGCUGAGAAGCUUGAGCGUGUUUCCUGGAGCCAUUGGCUGCGUUGUGCAUGCGGGCUCUGGAGCAGUCAUUUCGUCACAAUCCCAAACCUCUGAUAUGAAGGUGGUGGUGGAGGGCCGCGAAAUGAUGUUGUUGCUGUGACCAAGAACUGCCAAGCAUUUGCUCCCGCUCGCCAGCGCAACUAACUAAGGCUAGGCCCUCCUUUUCGGCACCUGGUAGUCUCGCUGUGGGGAGCAGAAAUUGCCCUGAGAGCCGGCGGGAUUGGAUCCCGGAGAGGCACGGAGAGGGCCCAAAGAGAACUGCAAAGGGAACCACCCUCUUCUCCCCGUCGCCAAACCACCCCCCCCCACCCUCCUCAGGUCCUCCCCGUGCUUCCUCUCCCUCCAUCUGCUCCCCCCUCCCCCCCGACCAAUUGCUCUACCGAGGAUCGCCUGCUACCGUCUGCACCUGUUCAGGCAUCUUCCCUGACACUUGUCCGCGCUCCCGCUUAUCAAGUCCCGCAGUCCACGGGGGGAGAAAGCGGAACAUUGGCACCUCCCCAACUCGGUCCAGUGUCCUCCGUUUGAUCAGCCAGUAAUCUAAUACAGCUCGCUCGCCCUUCUCUUUGCUUUCGACUACAUUAUCAGCCUGUCCCUGUACCAUCAACAACAACGGCACUCGAACAUCAGAGACAGCAAGCAGAUAUAUAUCACAGAAGAUAGCCUGUGUCUGUUGUUGGGCGUCACCGACACGCUUCUUUUUCCUCUUACCAGGCGACCCCUCCACCACCACUGAGCACCACAACACACAACGUACACACAGCACACCCGCACCACACACAGCUCACAGCUCUCACAUAGCACACCCACCACACGCCCACGCACGCAUCAUCCCCCCUUUUGCAACACCGCCCGCCCCCGUGCCUCUGGUUCUGCGCGCUCUGCACCAAACCGAGAAAGCCCAGACAUUUACCAGCCGUGCGACAUUACGACCACUUUCUGCUACCACUCUGUCUGUGACGCCGGCCAAGGAGUCGACGGCUGCUUUGUCAGCGAGUGUCUGCACCCUGCCGGUUCUCUCCAAGGCUUCCAGGGCUUCUCGCGCCCUCUCCGCCCGCUCCUCGCCGGCCCUCCCUUUUCCGCCAGCAGCUCUAGAACCGCCCGGCCGUGGAACGGGUGAGACUUGAUAUAUCCGCUCCCAGGUGACGGCGGGAUCUGUGUCCUACUCCGCCUCGGUUAUCAGCAACGAGACGCAGCGGUCGAGAACAGCACGCAGAGGCGAGACCCCCCAAGGCGGCCUUCACCGUCACCCCAAAGGCUUGUCGUAGCUCCCUGUGUCCUGUGGGACCUUCGGUCUUUCCUUCCCCGGCUUGGGAAGUCCCACGAAACCCUCUGUAGGGUCCAAUUCGCCCCAGGCUCUUUUGCCCCAGACCGCCGGCUCCUUGUGGUCUCUUUUUUCUGUCCUUGCACUGCGCAGGUUCUUUUCUUGUGACUACUCGGACGCUCCUCUCUGAGACUAGCCUCUCGGACCGAGCCCCCUCUCGACUGAUUUAUCUAUUGCCGUUUCCAACGACGCAUGGAGGAGUUUUUGUGACCCCUAUUUUGCAACUCAGGACCGCUCGUUGGAGCAGCCCCACGAUACUCAGCACAGAUGGAUCCCCGCGACCAAACGUUUAUGACCAUACACAACCUUACACCCGAUGCCAACAUCCUCUUCGCAUCAGAUUCCAUCCUUGAUAUUCUCGGUUAUCACCCGGACGAAGUAAAGGGGAAAUCAUGCUUUGAGUACUUCCACCCGGACGAGGUGCCGUUCGCACGCUCGAUCCACAGUCGAGGCGUGCUUAUGGACAAGGCGGCCGUCUUGCACUAUGCCCGAAUCCUGUCCAGCAAGGGUGAAUAUGUCAACUGCGAAUGCUGCUUCACUGUCGUCCACACCGUCUUGGUGGCGUCUAUCAGCAUUUACUCCAGAGGCGACAAGAGCGAGAGGAGAGCAAAGGAGGCUCCGCAAAUUCGAAGAAAGUUUUCCUGCUCACCAUUGGAUCCCCGCUACCACAUGCUUGAGCACCUCUCACCCAAGUUCAAGAUGCCCGCCAUGGAACGGGAGCCCCGUGCCGCCCUGAUUCUGAACCGGUUUAGUCUGGAGCUCAACAUCAUGUACGCUACUCCGUCGGUUGCGCAGAUCGUGGGCCUCUCUGCCGAGGAGCUGAUGGAGAAGUCAUUUUACGACUGCAUUCAACAAGACUGUAUGGAACGAGCAUCCAGGUGUCUAGAGGGCGCCAAAGAAAACGAGUCGAUUGCCUAUCUUCGCUUUUGGUACAAAGAUCCGCGGGCUAACUCGGAACACGAGGCGGAUGAGAGUGAGGAUGAGCAGGACGAGGACGAAGACCUGGACGACAACAGCAGCAGAGCGAACUCGGAUAGCAACGACAUGGAUAUCGAUGACGAUUCGGUGAUUGUAAUCAAGGAUGAGGACGAUGACAGGAUAUGCCUCGACGGUAGGGAAGGCUCGGCAAGUUCUGCCACCACGGCAAGCUCAAACACUUUGCCUGUACAAUCGCCCCGGACGUUUGAGUUGGAGGCUGUGGUUUCGUGCACAUCAGACGGACUGGUCGUCGUGCUGCGCAGGGCACGACCACCAAUCCCCGACCUGCAGCCCGUGGUUCCUUCGGCGUUCAACUACCAGAAUGGCCUCUUUGCAGCACCGUGGGCCCAACAACCGAUCGAACCCUACAUACCGCCCGAUCUCCUCUACACGUUCCGCCCGCCAUUUCUUCCCCAGUACAUGCCGCUCCGCGAAAGCGUCAAGGCGGCAGGCGGACCUCCGAUGGACCACACCACUGGAUAUUACCGAGGAGAACCAGAGACUGAUUACCAACAGACCUAA